AUGGACAACUGGCGCACCCAGUCUUACUUGAAUAUCCAGGAAGAGUUCACUUUGCAUAUGGUGCAGCGCCACAGAGGUGGCAUGCAGUGCUUCAUGAAGACCCUGAAAAGCAUGACCAUCACCCUGGAGGAGGAGUUUAGUGACACAAAUGAGAAUGUCAAGGCAAAGAUACAAGACAAGGAAGGGAUUCUUCUGACCAGCAGAGGUAGAUCUAGCAAAGAGCUGGAAGACAGCACCCUCUCUGACUACAACAUCCAGGAGUCCACACUACACCUGGUGUCGCAUCUCAGAGGUGGAAUGCAGAUCAUCAUGAAGACCCUGAAAGGCAUGAUGAUCACCAUGGAGUUUGAGCCCAGUGACACUAGUGAGAAUGUCAAAGCAGGGAUGCAAGAAAAGGAAGGCAUCCUGCCUGACCAACGGAGGUUGAUCUUUGCUGACAAAUACCUGGAAGAAAGAUGCACCCUGUCUGACUAUGACACCCAGAAGGAGUCCACCCUGUACCUGGUGCUUCACCUCAGAGAUGGGGUGCAGAUCAUCUUCAUGAAUACCCUGACCAGCACGACCAGCACACUCGAGUUGGAGCCCAGUGACACCAUUGAGAAUGUGAAGGCAAAUACCCAAGAGAAGGAAGGCAUUCUUCCCGAACAGUUGAGGAUGAUCUAG